AUUGAGUAUCCUUACGAGCUUGACGACCCCGGUGGCUCGAGCGCGGCGCGAUAGGGGCUCCCCGCAGGACGCGACGCGAUGGGUGCGAGUGGCCAAGACUAUGGUAGGAAUAGGGGCCAAAGAUUGACAGAAGGGUGUCUGGACGACGCUUGACCCGAGAACGAGAUGCAGGGGCUCAAAAGCAAGAUUGUUUUUGCGGGGAGCACGAUUGGUUCAAAAGGUCGAGCGCGGCGCCAACCGUAAGUGCUGUCUCUCCUCAUCCGUUAAGCAUUGCUCCACCAUGGCCCUCUUUACCACCACUCCUGUCGUCGCCGAGCCUAUUGCUGAGCCUCAAGCUCAGGAAGCAUCACCGGAAGUCGCCGCUGAUCCUGCCGUAGACGCGGUUACCGAGGAGUCGACCACCGCCGGGGAGGAUGUCGCACCUUCCGCAAAGGAUGCCGAUGCGCACGACGCCAUCCUCGAAGGCCUGAAGCGUGAGGCUCUUGCCGCAAAGGAGGCCGCUCAGAAGGAGGCCAAGGCUGCCGAGCAUGCCGCAGAGGAGGCCAAGAAGGCUGCUGAGAGCGCACGACGGGCGCUCGAGGAGGCUGCACGAGCUGAGGCGGCCGCUGACAAAGUCGCUGAGGCCAAGGAAAGGGCAGCCGACACGGAGGCCGUAGCCAAGGAGCUCGCAGAGAAGGCCAAGGCGAAGAAGGAGGCAGAGGCAGAAAUCGCCCGUCAGGAGGAGAUCGCCAAGCAGGCCAAAGAUGCCGCCGCAGCGGCCGAAGCCCUUGCGAUUCGUCGCGCCGAAGCCGACUACGAGGCCGAGCUAGAACGCGCCAAGUCCAAGGCAGAUAAGAAGCGUCUUGAGCAAGUGUCUAAGGCCAAGGAAACAAAGGGUAAAGCGAUCGCUGCCGCCUCCAUCGCCCGCCGCAAGCACGAGGCCAAGAUCAGCGCCGCGCUUGUUCACGCUCAAAAUGAGGCCGUUAGCCGCCGUGUCAAGGCUGAGAAGCAGGCCUGGGUUACGCGCUCUAAGUCUGAGGCCAAGGUUCACGAGGACCGCGUGGAGAAGGAGGAACACAUCGCCGAGGAGCGUCAGGAGGCCGAGGAGAAGAUCGAGAAGGAGCGUCGCGAGGCUGUCGAGGCUAUCGAGAAGGAGCGCAUUGCUGCGAUUGAGAAGAGCCACGUGCAGAAGGAUGCUGGCGAGGUUGCCGAGGAGGUAAAGGACCGUGACGCCAUCGAGGAGAAGGCGGGCGAUGUCGGGACGAGCGCAAACGCCAACCCCGUGCGAUACAGCAAGGUGAGGUCGGCUUGGAAGAACUGGCUGGGCUUGAAGGUCGCUGGUCAGCCUGCUGCGAAGGCAGAAGCGGCCGCGAAGCCAGCCGUAAAGGAAGAGGAGGCGACGCCAGCCAUCGAGGCGAAGGAGGCCCCGUCAGUUGCAAAGGAGGAGGAGGCAACACCCGCGCCUGUGGUUGCCGCCGCGUGAGGCAUUUGCACAGUAGCAAGCAUGAUACCCGACGGCUCCUUAUGGCCGUCGUUCCCUCUCUUCAUCAUAGUUGACAGACCUUCCAUUCAUGUGAUUACGACAAGUUUCCAGCGAAUGAACUUU